AUGAUCUGCUUCACCAGGAUCGUCGGCGCUGUCAUUGCACUCCGACUUCUGAGAGCAGUGAUCGCUCCAAUGUCGAUCCCACCUGCCUGCCUGGAGCUCUCUCACUGCCGGGUCAACUGUCAAGGCUACAUCGAUCGCAUGCCCUUUGAGAUGGUCGCGGACGCUCCAGCAGAAAGGGUCACAUUAUCCUGGGAUCCCGAACGUAACCCUGCCUUUCGCUGCGAUACGGUACACGGCUCGGAAGUGGCAUUCAGGUGCAAUGCCCAGCCUGUUUUCAUCUCUCCUGAUGAGGUUCAGAUUCAGGUCAGAGGACAGCGCGCCAUCAUGGGCGACGAAGAGACACUGCUUGUGCCGAUCAUAGAAGGCAGCAAGGAAAUCAUUGCUGUGCUCGAUGCAUGCUGUACUCCUUUUUGGGGCUUCGUUGUCCAAGUCGACAUGCUGGGCGACGGUUUCGAGUUGACAGGCGAGGGCUACCGUCUCCCUUGUUGGCCUAUCGAUCACGUGAUAGAAGACUAUCACGGCAAGACAUGCCGUCAGGUCCUCGGAGACCGUCCACCCUGGGUCACCUGUGCGGUACAAUACACAGAAGGCGGACCGCCCUCCUGCCAGGUCGAGCGCAUCCUGUCGAGGGUCCAGAGCAUUCCUAUCUUCGCCGCUCGCUUUGUGACUGUACUCGUCAAGAAUCGGAUCUUGGUCGACGUGCGAAAUGGCUGGCUGGCAGUCUUAUGCUAUACGCAGGAUCCGCUUGACGACAAGGCACCUCUGAACCGCAUAUACGAUUGUUCUCAGAUCGAAAAGCAGACGACAGACUACUUUGGCUAUGAAGUCCUGGAGAGAUUCGAGAUGCGGCGAGCCGAUGGCUCGAGCGCGUCAUGGCUAUUAGUCGAACAUACAGCGACUUUGCGAUGUCGACGCGCUCGCGGCAAGAUCUGCAAGGAUCUAUUGCAUACAGACUUCGACUUGCCUUGCACAAUGAGCGUGGGCAGUUGUUAUGUCGCUCAGAGCGAUGCUCCCGUCAACAUGCCUGGGCUCCUCACCAUCAUCCGCAAGCAGCGCAUCAAAGAGCGACAGAUGCGCCUCCUCAUCUUAGGACUGGAUAAUGCAGGCAAGACGACGGUAGUCAAGUCACUCUGCAAGGAAGACCUGGCAUCCAUCUCGCCAACUGUUGGCUUCAUCAUCAAGACGAUCGUCUACUCAGGCUACACUCUGAACAUCUGGGACGUCGGCGGUCAGCAGAGCUUGCGACCUUUCUGGCGCAAUUACUUUGAAGCCACCGACGCGAUCUGCUGGGUGGUCGACUCGAGCGAUCGAGGACGUCUCCAAGACUGCAAGCGCGAGCUACACGAUCUACUAGCAGAAGAGAGACUUGGCAGCGCGAGUAUACUCAUUUUUGCCAACAAGCAAGAUCUGUCUGGUGCCUUGUCAUGCAACGAAAUCUCACAGAUAUUAGACUUAGACACGAUAAAACGCCACGAUUGGCGCAUUCAGCCUUGCAGUGCUCUCAAAGCUGAGAACCUUACCGCGGGCUUCGACUGGGCGGUCCGCACGGUCAGCAAGCGAGUCUACUACGCAUCUACAGUCGCAAUCAGCCAACCGCAACGCACAGACCGUCUAGCGAGGCCUGACCACUUCUGA